UGCACACAACUUCCUCUGACCGCUCGGAGCUGCUGUGCCUUGACUACAGCACAAGCACUGGUACCAUGGGUUUUCUAUACAAGGCGCUUGCCGCGGGUUCUUGCUCCGUCUGCCUUGCUUCGGCGUUCGUCGCAACCCCUCCUGCUCCUCCCGCUGUAGCAGUAGUCAGAGGAUGCAGCAGCCGCCGUGACUCAUCAUCUUGCCGUCGAGUCAGGCCCCGACACAGCAGUGGCAGCAGAACCGCGUACCGCGUACCGCCGUUGCUUCUCUCUUCUCGUACGGUCGACGUCGACGUCAUCGAUGUCACCGACGUCACGGAGGAAGAAGCACGUCGGGAAAAGGAACAGCAAGAGAGGAACGACAGGAUCGGCAGACGCUACAAGGGCCGGCCGGCCGCGGAGGUUGCCAAGGACGUGCGGGAUCUGCUCGACGAGGCCCUCAAAAUAUUCCGAGAUGCCGGCCCGCAGGUCGUGGGCGCCCGUGGCUUCAGGGCCAGCCGGGCCGUCCUCUUGACCUUGACCGACCUCGUGCGAGACUGGAGGGAGGGUAAGCUGCUGAGACCCAAGCGCGAAAACGGAGGCGGCGACGCGGCCACGGCGCCCUCGCCAGCAGCACCGCCGGCGGCGGCGGCGGCGGCCCUUUCGGGGCAGGAGCUGGACCCCGCAGGGGCUGCGCGCGCGUUGCGCUUGCUGUUCGAACGGCUGGGCGCCACGUACAUCAAGCUGGGGCAGUUCAUCGCCUCUUCGCCGACGUUGUUCCCUCCUGAGUAUGUGCUGGAGUUUCAGAAGUGCCUGGACGCCACGGAGCCCGUGCCAUACUCCAAGAUUCUAGCCAUCGUCAAGGAGGAGCUCGGCGGCGGUGCAAGGGUGAGCGAAGAAUUCCAGUACAUCGACCCGAAGCCCCUAGCGUCCGCGAGCGUGGCGCAGGUGCACCGGGCCAAGCUCCGCACGGGGGAGGAGGUCGUGCUCAAGGUUCGCAAACCCGGAGUGGAGGGCACUCUUCAGGCAGACCUCGGCUUCCUCUACAUUGCUUCAAGGCUGUUGGAGAUUUUGCAGCCGGAGCUAGGAAGGACUUCCUUCGCCGCGAUCGCGAGCGACAUCAGGACGGCUAUGCUGGAUGAGCUCGACUUCCGCAAGGAAGCGAAGAACAUCGAAGACUUCACCGGAUUCCUGGGUAGGGCGGGCAUCUUGGAUGCUGUCGCCCCGAAGGUGUACGAGGAUCUCAGCUCGAAGCGGUUGCUGGUGAUGGAGCGCCUGAAGGGCGUGGCUCUCACCGACCUCGACGGCAUCAAAGACUACAGCAGCAACCCGGAAGCCACCCUCAUCACGGCCCUCAACACCUGGAGCAUGAGCGUCAUGAUGGCCGAGAGCUUCCACGCGGACGUCCACGCGGGAAAUCUUCUCGUCCUGGAGGACGGGCGCGUGGGCUUCAUCGACUUCGGGAUCGUCGGGCGCAUUCCGGAGACCGUCUGGUCCUCCCUCAGAGACCUCAGCAACGGUUUCAUCACCAACAACUACCGCCUCAUGGCGACCUCCCUCGUGAAGAUGGGUGCCGCGGACGGCGAGGUGGACACGGACGCCUUCGCCUUCGACAUCGAGAAGGUCAUCGACAGCCUCGGCUCCAUGGAGGCGCAGGUGGACACGAGCACCGUGAUCGACGAGGACACCGGGAACGUGUCGUACGGGACGUCGGUCAACUUCGACCAAGAGUCCAUCACUAGGCUUCUGUUGGAUAUCGUGGGAGUGGCCGAGAACAACGGGCUCAAGCUUCCGAGGGAGUUCGGGAUGCUUAUAAAGCAAGCCUUGUACUUCGACCGCUACACCCGACUGCUGGCGCCGGAGCUGGACCCGCUCCGCGACGACCGGGUGACCCUACCCAACGAAUACGGUCGAGCGGACGCGGGCCUGCGGUAGUCUAGACUCGAUGGUGACGUACGUCUACAGGCCGUGGUUGCUUGGUGCGGGGGUGGAACGUCCGCAUUCGAUUUUGGUGGCGAGGGAGGGGGCGGGUGUAAGAGAUGGUCUGUGCCCAUCGCGCCAAGGAAGGGCAUGUUCCUCAUCUAUGCAGUAGCUAUUCGGUGGUAAGCGACAGUCGAUUGUUGUCCGAUAGUGGCCGCGGCGGAUGGGCCUGAGAGUGUGGAUGGUGCUAUGGCGGCAUGUACUGCUGUUGCAGCUGGUGCUGCAGGGGACACAAGGUGGGGGUCACGAUCGACCAGCCGCGGGGGACCAGACGGGAAGCGGUGGUAGCGAUGGGCGAUGAUGUUUGAUUACGUUUUAUAUGUGCGGUUGUCGAAAUCGAUGUUGAGGUGACGGGUGUUGUAGUUGUUGUUGUUGUCUUGACGGUAGUACAAUGCGUACGUGAGAGGCAUGCCACCGCGAAAUGACCGCAAAUGACUCAAGGUCGGGGGCUUUCGUGUUGUAUCACAUGUACAAAAAGAUUUUUUUGACCGGGGUGUACAGGUGGGCGGACAACGGUAGGGUUGUUGGGGGGGUCGGGCAUGAAGAAUCGCACACAACAUCGUUUGACUUGCGGCUGCGACCUCGUCCUCGCGUGUCUCCUGAAGCUAAACAGACGGAUGAUAGUGUUUUCCUUGUGGGCAUGCAGAGGGCCAAUCGUAAUCUUCUUGGCAUUGCUAUCCUAUCGUUGGCUGUAGCGCACCACCCAAUGGUCCCCACGUGGUCGGGCGUUCUGAGACCAGCGAAAAUCACCGAAAAUAUGGGCACAGAGGGUUGGUCUAAUCUGUUACCGGAACCGACAACACAUGUAGCGUGGCAAGGUUACGGACGAAAUUCUACGCAUAGACAUCAGGUGUGCGGGGAAAGGGGUCCGCAUGGAGGGCAACCAAAAACAACUCCCCGGGGGUGGUUUUGGGGUCUUCGGGGAGGUACGCAAGAGUUGACGAGUUGCUGAACAUCUGCAAAUGUUGAGCUGGACAUCAUAUCCUACGCACAUAGCUGGGAAGGCGGCGUCGUCGUCGUCGCAAUCGAUCUCCACGCGAUGGAAACAAGGCGAGCAAAUGGCAUCUACCGGAAUCCAACCUCCUGACGCCGCU